AUGUCUACAGCAAAUAAUGGUUCAACAGGAGCAUUCUCCUUUAACAAUAUAUCAUUGGGUGGUAGAAUAGGAGGUACGAGAGGAGUAUUAAAGAUGAAUAAUGUAGGUUUAGCAUGGAAGUCUGAAGCAGGUAGAAGUGAAACUAUACAAAGUAGCGAAAUUGAAGCAGCUGGUUGGACAAGAAUGACACCAAAGAUAUAUCAAUUGAAUCUUAAGAUGAAAGGAGGUGCUUCUGUAAAGUUUGAUGGUUUUAGAGAACCUGACAAUGAAACAUUAAAACAAUUCUUUAAAGAAAACUAUGAUAUUGAAUUGGAUAAUAUUGAAUUAUCAACAAGAGGAGUAAACUUUUCAAUGGUCAAAGUGAAUGGUAGUAUUGUAUCAUUUACAGGAUCCAAUCAAAAGACACUCUUUGAAUUCCCCAUUUCAGAGAUUUCACAAUCGAUCAUUAACCUCAGCAACAAAAAUGAAUUGACUAUGGAGUUUCAUCACGACUCUACAUUGGACGAAGAGGAUGAAUCAUUGGUAGAGGUUAGACUUUAUAAUCCAUUCUCAAAAUCUCUCAAAGAGGAUGAAGACAACACUGAGGAUCCAGUCAAGGACUUUCAAGAUGCCCUCCUCAGAAAAUCAGACAUUUCUCAAGUUGGAAAGAGAAUUGCUGUUCUCGAAAAUAUUCAACUCGUCACACCAAGAGGUAGAUGUGAUGUUGAAAUGUACCCAACCUUUCUUCGUCUUCAUGGUAAAACUCAUGAUUACAAAGUCAUCUAUAAUACCAUUUCAAAAUUAUUCCAAUUACCAAAACAAGAUCAAGCUAAUAUGUAUUUUGUUAUAAGUUUAGAUCCACCUGUUAGACAAGGUAAAACUAAAUAUGAUCAUUUGGUUAUUCAAUUACCAAAGAAUCAAGAAGCAUCAGUUGAAUUAAAUUUAACAGAUGAAGCACAAGAAAAAUAUAAAGAUAAAUUAUCACCAACUAUGGAUGGUACAUUUUAUGUAAUUGUUCGUAGAAUCUUGACAUCUUUGACAGGAAAGAACAUUAUUGUGCCUGGAAACUUCCAAUCUGCCAAUCAAUUCAACAGUAUUAAAUGUUCACUCAAGGCAAAUGAAGGUGAUUUAUAUCCAUUGGAAAGAUCAUUCUUUUUCAUCUACAAACCACCAACCUAUAUCAAGUUUACCGAUAUUGACUUUAUUGAAUUCUCUCGUGCUCCAACUUCGGUCACUGGUAGAAAUGCUCCAAGUAGUCGUAACUUUGAUCUUGGUAUCACUCUUAAAAAUCAAACAAAUAUUCAAUUUACAAAUAUCUUAAAGGAGGAAUAUGAAAAUUUACACAACUUUAUUCAAUCAAAAGGAAUCAAGGUUGCCAAACAAGAACAAGCAGCACCUAUGCGUAUGCUUGUUGAUGAAGAUGACUCUGAUGAUGAUGAUUAUGAACCAGAUGAAGAUGAAGAAUCAUCAGAUGAUGAUGAUGCUGCUGAAUCAUCCUCGGAAUCCUCAUCUGAAGAAGAAAAGAAAACUAAAAAGAAACAAAAAAAGAAUUAA